AUGGAGGAGACGCCACGACCUAUCACGCAAGAUGAUUUGCAUGCAACAUAUGUCGAGCGGUCCAUCCGGGAGCUCCAGCGUGCGGUCCAGGAGGAAGAGGGUGUUCUUGCCGAGCUGCGGCGGAGUGUUGCGGGUGCUGCGCCGCUGACAUCGGCCACGGCAUCGCUCUCGAUUAUGACUUCGGCAUACGAUGCGGCUGCACGGUCAGACCCGUUCUUACCGUUUGCAGACUCAGUCUUGCCGGCACUGUUAGCCAUGCGCAAGACACAUGGAGUCCUGGCCGAGUCACAAUCUUACCUCGGCGGCGAGGGGGCAACGUCGUCUCCGGCCCUUGCCGAAGCUCAGAGGCGGCUGGCAUUGGACAAGGCGCGAAUCGCCGACCAGCGUGCGCUACAGACAGCCCUCGAAGAGCGCAUCGUCGCCCUGCGUAGCGGUGUCGAGGCACGGAGCACCAUGACGGCAGAGGAAAAGCGGCAGGAGGCGCUGGAGAAACUACGGUCAAAAAUCAACGAGUACGACCGCGAUACGGCUGCGCUGCUCAAAUCGCUCAAGAAAUUUAUCCAGGAGCGGCUAGGCCCCAUGCUCGCCGCCGAAGAGCUGGGCGGACCUGUCGUCGGCAGCAUGGUAGAUAUCCAGACAGACGACCUUGCAGCCGGGUUCAGCUCGCAAGGUAAACUACGGAAACCACCGUCGGGCGACAAGGCCGGUAAGAACGGCAAGGGGCAUAACGAGGACCGGCGACAACGGCGCAUUGACGAAAUCUGGGGCCCAAAAGGCGGGGCUGGUGGCGGCGGCAGUGACGAGGAGGGUGAGGGUGAUGAGGGAGAAGACAGGAGCAACUGGGACGAGGCCACGGCGGCGGCGGCCGAGAUGCAGGAGCUCACGGAGGAGCUCCUGAAUGCAUUAGCGGAUGCAGGCGGUGACAGCUCGGCAGCCUAUGUGACCAUCCUUCGAGAGUCGGCCGCCGCGCGCUUCUUGGUCCGGUCCAAAGUGGCACAAUUUCACCCGCGGGAUGCCACAAAGCUGCGGCUGAUUGAUUUUGGUCGCGAGCUGGAUGAUUGA